ACUACCUUUUCCUAGCCUGUCAGUCCUACCCAAUUUUUAGCAUUUAUGACACCUGUUUUGGUUAAAAUGCCACCAGCACUGGGCUUUACAUAGACGCCUUAUCCUAAAUCUACGAAAUGGCUGACGCCAUACGGUGCGCCUGCGAUACCCUGAACUCUGCCGCCGGGCAGCUGGCCAGGCUGCGUAUCUCCGAGAUCCGGCAGAGCCUCGACUUUCUUGGGGUGCAGCAUACGGAGGUGUUGCUGGGCCUGCUCGUGGUCGUCCUGUUGCAGUUCACAAAGUUUGCUGCCAUUCUGCUGCUAGCCAUCGUCCUGGCCUACAGCAUAUUUUACCUGUGGGAAAAUUACUUCCCUGGCAUCGCUGAACUGGGGUACAGGGGCAAAAAAAUGUGCCGAAAUGUCCGCACCUAUGUCAACCUGCCGCCCUUUACAUAUUCAGAUGGCGAGGAGAGCACCGGUACGGGAGAGUAUAUUGUGAACCCUUCCAGAAGGUACACCGGCGACUUGCUGACUGAACCAGCCAGAAUGCUGGUGCCAAUGCUGCAGGACAGCAACAAAAUGUUUCAGAGCGCCAAUCUACAGGUGGGUUCGCCGCUACUGGGAAUGGAGACCGGUUUCCGGGGAUCUCGGGGUCCGGAGUCACAAAAGGAGACGCUGGAGGCGGGGAAGCACCGCAGGGAGCAUCGGCACUACUGGAGACCUACUAAUACGGAUAAGGAACGAGAACGGGAACAUCACUCCUCCAGACGAAGUGCUCAGGGCGCGAGUCAUGAGGCCAAGCGCACCCCUAAUGUCUUGCGCAUCCCGAAAAUCACCAGUGGCGCAGUAGACAUCCGGCGACUGCCCACCAUCACGAGUGAGGAUCUGAAGCGUUUGCCCAAUAUCACAAGUGGGGAGUCUAGGAAAACGCACAAGGAGGAAUCCCGUAGAUUGCCGACCAUCACCAGUGCCGAGUUGGGCUACCGCAGGGUUCCCAAGAUCACAAGCCACACCAACGAUUCCCCAAGAUGGCUGAAUAUGGCCGCUGGAGCGACUGAGUCCCGGAGGAGAUCGAAAAGCUCACGUCCCCAAGAAGGCGGUGAGUCGCGACGCCCGGACCGUGUCCACGGUGCUGGCGAAGCCAAGUACAGGCGUUCGCCAGAGCGUCCGUAUCCUGCCCAGGGGCGCCGUGUGGAUGAGCAGCGGCAGCAGCCACAUCGGGUGAUUGCCAGCUCCGACGACAAUCGUCCCACUAAAAACCGUCGCAGCCUCAACAACAACACCCGUUCAGGAGUAAUUCGUCGCCAGUAUCCGGACGAUCACUACGAGCGGCUGAGAAUGGAGAACCGUGACUUCCAAGCCCGUCGAUUGGGGGCCAGUAGCGGUCAUCCCACCUCCGAGGGGGCAAUGCUCACCCAGCAGGAGAACUUUGUGGCCAGCUUCAAGCGCAAUGAUCGACGGGAGCCUCACAGGAACAUCAAAUCAAGUAACCCGCCAAAGGAGGGUUCUAACAAGAACAGGCGCGAUCGCAAGACCAGCCCCAGCCCUUCCAUAAAGUAGAUCCGUAAAAGCCCAAAAAAUUACUAAAAAUUGGAAAGAAAACGAAAUGAAAAGCAAACUAAAAAACAGAAGAUAAACGGCUGUUGCUUUUAAAUACAAAUAAGGACCAAAUGAAACCUCAUUCAAUGCCUUGUGUAUUAAUCAAAGAAUCUUAAGCCCAAACUAAUUUCUGUGAAAAGCUUUUAGCCAAAUUUCUGUGAAAACAUAAUAACCAAUAACCAAAUAAAAUUUUGGGUGUUGUUUAAACAA